AUGCUGGAGGCUAGCGCCAGCUGGGGCUCCCAGCUUGAACUAGCUGUGACUCCCCAGCAAGAGGAAGACGUCCUAGAACUCGACUGUGGGGAAGAUGAAGAUGGCGCCUCGGAACUUCUCAUAUCAGAGGAUGAGGAAGAGGACGACAUCUUCAUCACUCCGGCCCUGGCUGCACAGCCCGCGGCCUUCGCCGCCUCUCGGGAUGAAGACAUGAGAAGCAUACCAGCUUCUCCUCUUCCUAGCUUGGAUAUGUUCGAUGUGUGCAAACGUGCUGCUGCCCAACGAGCCAUCCCCUGGCCUGCUAUUGUAGCUAAGACCACCAGAUCCUGCUACGAAGGGAAGAAAUUCCCCUUGGCCAAGAGCUCGGCGAAACAACUUCUCCCUGUCUUCCCAGAGCUGCUGGAUGAGGUGGCACACUCAUGGAGAGACCGCCCUUUCAGCAGCAGGAGCCCGGUUCCCGGUGCCUCAUCCCUCUACUGCAAGUUGAUAGAGAGCCUGGGCCUGCUCCGCAUGCCUCCGAUGGAGCCACUUGUUGCAGCACGCCUUCACCCGCGGCUGUCAGCAGUGUCCUCCUGGAGCCCUAGCCUGCCAUCCAAGUCCGACUGA